GAUGUCAAUUUAGCGCUCACACUGCUCUCCUCUGAAUGGUGCCUUACUUGCGCGCUACGCUCCCAGUCAAGACCAAUAGGAAGUUCUGUACGCUAACACGAGUGGAAUAUACAUGAAUUGGAACAGGGGAAACCCACUGGAAGCGCAUCUACAGUAGGGAUACCUGCUCACGAUAUUGGAUAACAAAAAGCACAAUUUCGCCGGCGACUCGAGAACUUAAUGCUGAUAUCUGCUUGAUUUUUUUAGUGAGGGGGUUGGUUUCUAAGUGAACCCGAACAAUUUUUAUUUGUUUACGAAAAACAAUUACUCUACAAAAACUUUUUUAUAUUCAUUUUUCCCUCGUCAAGAACUUGGGGACUAACUUCCAUCCAACAGACACUGGGAUAUUUCAUUUCAUGUGGCUGGCCGUUUGACAGAAGCACGCAUUGCUUGGUAAACCAUCGCGGACCUCCUCCAUCUCACCACGAUGUCAAGCCAGGUCCUCUUCGCGUUGUUGAACGUCUUAAUUCUAGCGCGUACUCUCAUGGCGCACGAUUGCACACCAUGUGAACUCCGAACGUGUCCCGUACAACACCCGCAUGGCUGCGAGAGCGGCCGGACCUUAGCCCGGGACCCAUGUGGAUGCUGUGACCAGUGUACUCGGAUGGAGUGGGAACCGUGCGGUGGCCAGGACUGGGUGCUGGGCUACUGCGCGCUGGGGCUCACUUGCGCCUCUUUCAACAGAACUGGAGCUGCGAUGCUGCCUGAGAUCGGAGUUUGUAAAGUGCUUCCAGAGAGCCCGGAGGCCGGCCUUGUGGACGAGCGCUGCCCCCUCAUGACGGGCUGCGACCGGGCCGGGGAGGAGUGUGUGUGCGACGCCCGCCACUCCUGCUUGGGCUCCUUCUCCUACCCAGACCAGGAGAGCUGCAUGAAGGCCAGCAAGACAGAGGGUCGCAGACACGAGCACCGGGACCGACACAGGGAGAGGUUCGUGGGCCCGUCCAACCCGGCCUGCAUGUUCUCUGGCUGCAACCUGACAGCGGAGGGUUGCGAGUGCGAAUCCCGCAGCUGCCACCACCACUUCUCCUACAUCAACCGCAGCCAGUGUCUAGAAGCAGCAGCAGUUCUCAAGUGCUCGGGCGUGACCUGCGCCCCUGUGCCGGCGCCCUCCUGCCCCAAGGGCUCGGUCCUGACCAAGAGCUACACGCCCCCUGCUGGCUGCUGCCCCUCCCUGCCGCCCCAGUGCACCUGUGACCUCGGCACCUGCCCCGCGGCCCGCUGCCCCUCCGGCCAGAGGGCCGUGGUGCCCCGCCCGGCCAGCGGCCUGCCGGGGGACUGCUGCGACGUCUUUGAGUGCCAGAAAGGUAAUUGAAGCAUAAUGGUGCCACCAUC